AGCUAAACCUCGGCGUCUGCCCAGAAACGCAGCCGGAGGCAGGGUAGGCUGUUGCGGGGCGGGGGAGGAGGACUGAUGAUGGAAGCUGAGAUGGGUGCGUAGAGCAGUGUCACUGACUCGAGUCUGAGGUUACCUGUGCAUAGGUGGAAAGGACCAGGUGGCCACACUAGUCAGUGUAUAGGGAAAUGCAGAAUACCCUCCCCCCUGCCUCUGCCCCUGGACUUCCGCGGCGUGACCUGCAUUCGCUCACUCCUUUUGCACCACUGUCGGAUCACAAUCGUUCGGAGAGAUUUGACUGUAGUAGUCUUUGCCUAGAGAUCUCCCUUCCCCCCCCCCGACCCUGUGUCCUCAAGGUGUCAGUCUUAGCAUAAAGAGCAACCUGCUAUUGUGUCUCCACUGUGUGUAACCUCAUCUGGCUCCCUUGCAGCGCCCCACCUCUCGCUUCCCCCGGUAACUGCUCGUUUGCCCUAAAAAUGAAAGCUCUCAGCCGACCGUGCUGAACGUGAACACAUCGCCCCUUGAAUUUCCACGGCCCAAAGGGCACCUAUUUAAAUGAACUGCACGGGGAUCCCCGUCAGUGGGACGCACCCCGCAGCCCUCUCCUGAGCCCGCUCCGGUGCUCCCAGGAUAGUCGAGCAUCUCUCCCCACCAGGCAGACUCCAACGCAGUUCGCCGCGUCGGAGUCUAGCUCGGUCCUUAGAGACCACCUAGCCCCGCCCCUCCUUGGCUGCCGUGAAAACCCGGCAGGAUGGAUCGCCCGGGGCCAGGCUCCACGCGCCCCGGACGGACCGUGCACGUUUGGGGUUACCGGGCCGAGUAGAAAGUACGGAACGGUAAGAAGCUGCAACCCAGGGAGUGGGCGGAGCGAGGAGACCUAGGAGGGUUCAAAAGGAGGUGGAAGGAUACGCGGGCCACAGUCGGAACUACUUUUCGAAGGAGGUCACGUGUGUUCCUAGUUGGGGAACUUUCCAAAUUCCCACUCCCCAGUGAUACCUCCGGAGGCAACUACUCUUCCUUUGCUCGGGGUCCUCUCGCCUGGUGCAGGCAGCGGGAGCCCAGCCUUUCCCUCGCCGCGGCGGAAACAGGGGUUCGGACUAGCCUCCCGAAGAAGCGCUGUCGGGGCUGGCACUUGGGGAGCUGGUUACACAAGCACCCACAUACAAACACGUGCCCCCUGCCUCCCGCCUGCUGGCUGCCGCCGAUUCUUACGGAACGCGGGGAGAAAGUCCCCAAGCUGGUCCCUUGCCUGCUACUCCUUGCCUGCUACCCUAAGAGCAAGCCAAAUGACCGAGACCUGAGACUCUUUGCUCUAGGUCGACCUACACUGCACCUUCCCAAACGUGGGAAAAGGAGCUGGGCGCUAGGGGUCUCGGUCCUCUGCCUGGCUGAUGCCCUGCCCCUUAGGACAAACCCUUUGCUUCUGUGCUCGCGGGUAUCUCCUGCUGCGGCCCGGAGCUUGCAUUCUCCGAUGUUGCAACAGACGUCCAGUCAUUACCCCUGAGCUGGUGAGCGCGCCCCACCUACUGUAGACUCAGCUAAGUGACUUAUCUGGUCUGAGAACCUACUCCAUGGCGGUCAGCCCAGAACAAACCUGUCAAGUCUGCUUACAGCCCCGAUUGGACUGACCUGUCGCCGUGAAAGAGCUGGUUCAAAAAUGCUGAGAAUUGGAUCGCACUCAUUUUACCUCGCACCGCACCAGUCAAGGACUACAAAGCAAGUAGUCGCUUAAAGACAAUGAGCAUCAACACCAGUCUAGGAUUUUAUUGUUUUUUCAUUUCCCUUAGGAAGCAGAACUCCAAACGACAAUGUGAGUCAUAAAAUAUCUAACGAGACCUAGGUUGAAGAACAGAAUUGUUUUUCAAAAUUUGAGAGAAUGCAAAUCAAUCUGCAUGUGUGUUCAGUAAUUGUGAGUAGGUGCCUAGGAAAGUCUGAAGAGGAUUUAUGCUGUAUUUGAGAAAGAGGACUGUAUAAUGUGCACGCAGUAGUUGCAGGCAACCUCUGAAAACUAGACACCCCAAGAGAUCUAGCGCAGAAGGCCAUAGGCCAUUACCUAACUCCGGGACUACUAAUUAAACCUGGACCAUUUACAGUGUUCUUAGAGAUCUGUGAGGCUCCAUAAAACUUUGCACUUAUAUACAGCAUUUAAGAUAGCUCUGCAGGAGUUCACAACCUGCUGAAGCUUCGGGGUUGAUAUUUAUCGAAGGUCGGUUUUGUGCAUAGUUUUGGUCAGCUUGGGAAAGCCAAGGACCACAGUGAAAAAGGAAAUGGAAAGCAACCAGAAAAGAAUAAGAGAAAGGCCUCUAGUUGGUUUCCAAAGAUGCAGAUUCUGUCCACACAGCCUAGAGUGAACUACAGAUUUCAUUAUUUUACAAAUAACCAAGGAUAAGGAGUUCAUGAUGUCUAGGUGUUCUACUAGAUUGCAUGGUAAAAAACAGAGCUGUGCUUAUCAACUAGCGUGUGGUAGAAAAAGGGGAAAUGAAGACGAACCUUUAAAAGGGGAGUAGAUUAGGGAAGGGUAAAAUGUCUCACAUUUGUUUCUCAGGUUGCUGAUCUUGUCCCCAGAGUCCCUGUUAUUAGCUUUGCCCUACCCUGCCUCUCCCCUCAAGCCUACCCUAAGUGACAAUUAGUAUCACAGCAUUUGAGAACCUCUGAAAUCUGCUUUCAUGGAAGAAAAUGAAACAAGGUGUAUUCCUAUUCCUGGUGUGAGAGGAUCCUCUUCAAUUCCAUGGCAGAGUUACUCUGGAGCAGAGAGGAUCUGUAUCACCAGCACUAAAGUGCUGGAAUAUGAGACUAUCCUAUAAGUGUUUCCAUCUGGCUAAAGAAAAAAAUGGGAAAUGGUUUGCUGCUUCUGUAAACAUCAGGUCCCUCUAUUUCUCUCUAGUGGUAUAUGAAAGGAUCAUCAAUGUUGGCAGAUAUUUGGCCAUCCUGACAGCAACAUCAGGUGGUUAUUAGAAGUUGCUGAAUAAAAUCCUCCUCCUGU